CGCGAGCCUCGCAGCUCGAGACACGAACGUCGUCGCACCCAUGGCGUCGCACGGCGCGCACGCGCUCGUGGAGACGGCGGAACUGUCGUUUCACGGCGUCGAGUACAUCGUCACGAUAUCCAGCGUCGACGCGGAGAUGCUCUCCGUCGAGGCGGAGAAGAAGGACGACGGCGCGCGAUGGCGCGGCGACUUCACCGCGCGAUACGUCGAGGACAUCACCGCCAAGACGGGAAACUUCAAAAAGUACGACGUCUUCGUGAAGAUGCUCGCCGCCGCCGUGAGCGACGGCAGCGACUCCGUGUUCGUGGAUCUCCUCACGUACGCGGACUUGGAGUCGCUGAAGACGAAGCGCGCGAGCGCGAACGCCGCGGACGCCGCCGCCGCGAAGAAGAACGCGUCGAAGCGGUACCUCAUCCUGACGUACGCGGCGGAGUACGACCGCGUGCACUACCCGCUGCCGCUGCUGUUCGAAGGGCACGUCGACCCGGACGCGCUGCAGGCGACGGUGCGGCGGCUCACCGCGGAGAACAAGAGGCUCUCGGCGGCGACCGCGGGCGGCGGGAGCAGCGCGUCCGGCGAGAAGCUUCGGGACGAGAACGACGCGCUGCGCGCUACGGUGCGAGACUUGAGGCGCGAGCUCGACCUCCGCGAUGGAGACGCCGCGCCGCGCACCGCCGCGGACCUCGUCCACGGGCACGCGUACGAGCAGCUCGAACGCCUCCACGCCGAGGUCAGGACGUUGAACAAAGAGAUGAAGCUCCUGCGCCGGGAGAGGGAUGACCUCGCGAGCGCGCUGCAGGGCAAAGAGACGGAGCUGCUCAACGCACAGAGCAGCAAGCGGCGGAUGCUCGCGACGAAACAGAAAGAGCUCGACGCGGCGGCGGCGGAGUCCGCCAGGCGCCGCGAGCUGGAGCGCGAACUGCGCGCCAAGGUGAAGGACCUCGCGACCGAGUGCGACGGGCUGCAGCGACGUCUCAGGAGCGGCGGCGCGGCGUACGGGUACGCGGGUUCGUCUCGGGGCGCGUCCCCCGCGCGGGGGCUGGGGCGCGCGCCGCCCCGCCCCGGCGCGGCGUCGCCGUCUUCUCGCGGAACCGGAGCCGCGCGCGCGUCGUCCGUCGACCGCGAUCGACCGUGGCGCGCGGGGAUGAGCCUGAGCCGCGGGAGCUCGCUCGCGCCGAGAGGGGGGCACGGGCACGGUGACGGCGGCGGCUUCCGAACGCCGACGGCGCGGAGCCCGUCGCCGGCGGCGCGGCUUCGCGGUCGGUCGCCGACGCUGCGCGGCGCGGGCGCGUCGCCCGGGCGGUUCGACCCGACCGCGUACGUCCGCGAGAAGCGCGAUAGGGACGCGGCGAGGUACAUGAACUCCAGAGCCGGGAUCGCGAGCGGCGCGGCGUCGCCGGCGAGGGUCGGCGAGCGGUCGCAAGCGUGGAUGAGCAGCUCGAAUUCGAACGCGGGCUCGAGGGUCGGCACGCCGACGGCGGCGUCGCCCGCGCGGCCGAGGGGCGGACGCGAACGACGCGCGGCGGCGACGGGCGUGACCAACGGGUUGCGGAGCUCGAACGACUCGGGGGGGAACGCGGCGGCGAACGCGAACGCGAGCGCGAGCGCGUCCCCCGGUCGGAUUUUGCGCGACGUGAAGCAGAAGCUGUCCGCGUACGCGUCGAAGGACGACGGCUGGGCGGGGGCGGCGAAGGAAAACGCGCGCCCUGCGGACGGAGGCGGCGGCGGCGGCGCGAAGCCGCCGCUCGCCAAGGCGGGACACGGCGACGCGAACGCGGAGAUCGCGGACAUAGACUCGCGGCUCGCGGCGCUGCAGAGUUUCCUGAGAGAGGCGAAGUCGACCGCGGCGUGAGCGCGUAGUGACCUUGUGAUGGAGCGCAGUUGACGAGUACAGUAUUGACAGGCCC